UGUCCCCGGCCAGAAGCUGGAGGCCUCGGUCAGCACCCCGUUUCUCUGUGGCUGGGGGGGGAACCCCGUAUUGAGAUCAUUGAACAUCUCUCCGAAAGAACUAGAUGUGCGCACGUCGUGUCAAGAAAACGGAAAGGGGGUUACAUUUUCUAAAAAUGUUUGUGUUUGAAGCUGCAUAUUUCCCCCUUCCAAGUUAGCAGCUACUGCCAGAUGGUGCCAAGCGCUGUCUGCUGAUCCGCAAGUACACUUGCUCCUGGCGAUAUCUGGGCUGUUCGCAUGGUUUCUUACGAACUGCACUCUCACUCCUCUUGCAUGGAGGGAAGAAGCCCUGCCCUGCACUCUGAAGAUCAGCCCGCGAUUCAGGACGGUGGGAACGAGGACACUGGAGAGCUCCGGCCGCCCAAUGUAGAGUCCAGACUGAGCCACACUGGGCCAGGUGGCAGCUCCGCAGACAGCGACUGUGCGUUCGAAGGAGACUACGCCGUGCCCCCCCUGCCGGUGACCGAAGGCAUGCAGCACAUCCGCAUCAUGGAGGGCGUGUCCCGCUCGCUGCCGUCCUCGCCGCUUCUCACGCACCAGGCCAUCAGUGUGCGCCUGCAGCCCAUGAAGAAGCUCACGGCCCCCCUGCGGAAAGCAAAGUUUGUGGAGAGCCCUCGCAUUCCUGAAUCAGAACUUGGCUCCCCUACACACACCACCUCCCCUGCUCAGAACCCUGACCUGGAGUCGUACUGUCCUGGGGAGUCGAACCAGGAGCUGGGCCCCCCUCCCUCGGUGGAUGAGGCUGCCAACACCCUGAUGACGCGCCUGGGCUUCCUGCUGGGAGAGAAAGUGAGCGAGGUGCCUCCCGGAGCCCAGUACACCAUGGAGGAGCAGGAUGAGAACCAGAGCUCGGCAGUGACCCAGCGCAUCAGCCCCUGCUCCACCCUGACCAGCAGCACUGCCUCGCCCCCGGCCAGCAGCCCCUGCUCCACCCUGCCGCCCGCGCCGCCCGGAAACCCCAGCAGCAAGGACUGCGCCUACGGCACCGUCACCAGCCCCACCUCCACGCUGGAGAGCCGGGACAGCGGCAUCAUCGCCACGCUGACGAGCUACUCGGAGAACGUGGAGCGCGGAGGGAAGUACGCCGAGGGCUCCCGCGGCAACCUGAAGCCCUGGCAGUCCCAGAAGUCGGGCAUGGACUCCUGCCUGUACCGCGUGGACGAGAACAUGACCGCCUCCACCUACAGCCUCAACAAGAUCCCCGAGCGCAGCCUGGAGACCAUCUCCUCGCACUCCGUCCAGUCCAUCCCCCUCUACCUCAUGCCCCGGCCAAACUCCGUGGCAGCCACCAGUUCAGCUCACUUGGAGGACCUGGCGUACCUGGAUGAGCAGAGACACACCCCUCUGCGCACCUCCCUGCGGAUGCCCAGGCAGAGUAUGGGCGCUGGGCGCUCCGGGCAGGACCUGCGAGCUUGCACUAACAUCCAUGCCUGGCAAUCGCACUCACUGCGCUUCGCCCCCUACCGGCCUCCAGACAUCUCCCUCAAGCCGCUGCUGUUCGAGGUGCCCAGCAUCACCGUCGACUCGGUCUUCAUCGGGCGCGACUGGCUCUUCCAGGAGAUCGAGGGGCAGCUGCAGGGCGCCAACUCCAGCACCAACCGCGGCGUGGUCAUCGUGGGCAACAUCGGCUACGGCAAGACGGCCAUCAUCUCCCGGCUCGUGGCCAUGAGCUGCCACGGCACGCGCAUGAGGCAGAUCGCCUCCGACAGCCCCCACGCCUCCCCGAAACAUGGAGACGGAAGCAGGGACUUACCCCUGAGCCAGCCCCAGCCCACGCACCCCACCCUGGGUGGGGGCAGCUGCCCAGGGACUCCGGAGAUGCGCAGGCGGCAGGAGGAGGCCAUGAGGAGGCUGGCGUCACAGGUGGUGGCGUACCAUUACUGCCAGGCGGACAACGCCUACACCUGCCUGGUCCCGGAGUUCGUGCACAACGUGGCGGCCCUGCUCUGCCGCUCCCCGCAGCUCCUCGCCUACCGCGAGCAGCUCCUGCGGGAGCCGCACCUGCAGAGCCUGCUCAGCCUGCGCUCCUGCGUGCAGGACCCCCUGGCCUCGUUCAGGAGAGGGGUUCUGGAGCCCCUGGACGCGCUCUACAAAGAGAGGAAGAUCGCAGACGAAGACCUCAUUAUCCUUAUUGACGGGCUGAACGAGGCAGAGUUCCACAAACCAGAUUAUGGGGACACUAUCGUCUCAUUCCUGAGCAAAACCAUCUCCAAGUUUCCUCCCUGGCUGAAGCUGGUCGUGACAGUGAGGACAACGCUGCAGGAGAUCACCAAGCUGCUUCCCUUCCACCGCAUCUCCCUGGACCGGCUGGAGGACAACGAGACUAUCGACCAGGACCUGCAGGGCUACAUCCUGCACCGCAUCCACAGCAGCCCGGAGAUCCAGAACAACAUCUCGCUCAACGGCAAGAUGGACAACACCACCUUCGGCAAGCUGAGCACCCACCUCAAGGCCCUGAGCCAGGGGUCCUACCUUUACCUGAAGCUGACCUUCGACCUCAUCGAGAAGGGCUACCUGGUGCUGAAGAGCUCCAGCUACAAGGUGGUGCCCGUGUCCCUGGCUGAGGUCUACCUGCUGCAGUGCAACAUGAAGUUCCCCACGCAGUCUUCCUUCGAGCGCGUGCUGCCCCUGCUCAACGUGGCUGUGGCCUCGCUGCACCCGCUGACCGACGAGCAGAUCCACCAGGCCAUCAAUGCCGGCUCCAUCCAGGGCACCCUGGAGUGGGAGGACUUUCAGCAGCGCGUGGAGAACCUCUCCAUGUUCCUCAUCAAGCGGCGCGAUGGCACCCGCAUGUUUGUGCACCCCUCCUUCCGCGAGUGGCUGAUCUGGCGGGAGGAAGGCGAGAAGACCAAGUUCCUCUGUGACCCCAGGAGUGGACACACCUUGCUGGCCUUUUGGUUCUCUCGGCAAGAAGGAAAGCUGAACCGGCAGCAGACCAUCGAACUGGGCCACCACAUACUGAAAGCACACAUCUUCAAGGGCCUGAGCAAGAAGGUUGGUGUUUCCUCCUCGAUCCUGCAGGGGCUGUGGGUGUCGUACAGCACAGAGGGCCUCUCGACUGCGCUGGCCUCCCUGCGCAACCUCUACACUCCAAAUAUCAAGGUCAGCCGACUGCUGAUCCUGGGGGGUGCCAAUGUGAACUACCGGACGGAGGUGCUGAACAACGCCCCCAUCUUGUGUGUGCACGCCCACCUGGGCUACACCGACACCGUGGCGCUGCUGCUGGAGUUCGGCGCCAGUGUGGACACCGCCUCCGAGAAUGGCCUCACCCCGCUGGGAUACGCGGCCGCCGCCGGGCACCUGUCCAUCGUCACCGCUCUGUGCCGUAAGCGCGCCAAGGUGGACCACCUGGAUAAGAACGGGCAGUGUGCUCUGGUGCACGCUGCGCUCCGCGGGCACCUGGAGGUGGUGAAGUUCCUGAUCCAGUGCGACUGGACCAUGGCCGGCCAGCAGCAGGGCGUCUUCAACAAGAGCCACGCCGUCCAGCAGGCGCUCAUUGCUGCUGCCAGCAUGGGCUACACUGAGAUUGUCUCCUACCUACUGGACUUACCUGAGAAGGACGAGGAGGAGGUGGAACGUGCUCAGAUAAACAGCUUCGACACCUUGUGGGGAGAAACAGCGCUCACAGCGGCAGCCGGGCGCGGGAAGCUGGAGGUGAGCAGGCUCCUGCUGGAGCAGGGGGCGGCCGUGUCACAGCCCAACCGGCCAGAGAUAGGAGCAGUAGUUACGGUAUCUGACAGCCCGCUGACUUUGCCGUUAACCGGCCCUGCGUCGCCCGUGCCCCCCCCUCUGCAGGUGCAGUUCCUGGUGGAUCACGGCGCGAUGAUCGAGCACGUGGACUACAGCGGCAUGCGGCCCCUGGACCGGGCCGUGGGCUGCAGGAACACCUCCGUGGUGGUCACCUUGCUCAAGAAAGGAGCCAAGAUAGGUCCCGCGACAUGGGCGAUGGCCACGUCUAAGCCCGACAUCAUGAUCAUCCUGCUGAGCAAGCUCAUUGAGGAGGGCGACAGCUUCUACAAGGUGAGACACCUCUCAGCUUGUCCCCACUGGCGGUCUGCCAGCAGGCCAGGACAUCCUUCAGUGAUUACAGGACAGCCUUCUAAACAGAUUUCAGAUGAACUGUUCCACAUAUUUCUUCAUCCCUUGACUUUCUGUAUGUAUUGUACUCGAACAAGGGGAAACGUGCGUCUGUGUGUGUGCGUGUACUGUAGGUGUGUGUGUGUGUGUGCGCGCGCGCAGUGUGGGGCUCACACACACACAGCUCAUCACUGCUCUGGGGCUGCCGUGGGCGAGAUGCCCGCCCGGCCUGGCGCUUCCAGUGCUGAUACAGUGCAUGACGGUUGGACCUGUUGUUGCUUUCAGGACUUUGGAAUGGCUGAGGAGUUUGCCACCAAGGCGCUAGAGUUGAAACCAAAAUCAUACGAGGCCUAUUACGCCAGAGCCCGUGCCAAGCGCAGCAGCAGGCAGUUCCCCGCAGCCCUGGAGGACCUGAAUGAAGCCAUGAAGCAGUGUCCCAACAACAGGGAGAUCCAGCGGCUGCUGCUGCGCGUGGAGGAGGAGUGCCGGCAGGUCAGCCAGCAGCAGCAGCAGCUGGAGGUGGAGCAGCCCCCCUCCCCGCCCCCUCCUCCGCCCCCGGCCGAGGAGCCCCCCCCUCCCCCAGAGCCGCGGCUGGAGGACAUGGAGCCCGUGCAGGACCUCUUCGAGGACGAGGACUACCUCGACCGGGACAUGGAGGGCAUGUCCAUCGGCCUGCCGCCCGAGCCCCGGUCCAACCCCGCCAGCCUGCCCGUCAUCCAGAGCCCCCCGCCGUCCCCGGCCCACCGCGACUCUUCGUACCUCUCGGGGGGCUCGCCGCUGGGUCAGUCCUUUGACUUCCGCCCCAGCCCCCCUUCCAUGGCCUCCCCGACCAGACAGAGCUACCAGUCCACCUCGCCGUCCCUGUCUCCCACGCACCAGAACUCCCACUACCGUCCCAGCCCUCCCCACACCUCCCCGGCCCACCAGGUGCCCUCCUACCGCUUCAGUCCCCCGCCCCCCUUGGGCAGUGGAGGAGGCGGAGGAGGGGGUCAAGGCAAGGACUACCAGAGCCCCCCUCCCUCUCCCCUGCGCCGGGGGCCCCAGUACAGAGCGAGCCCCCCGGCGGAGAGCAUGUGCCUGUACCGGCCGCCCUCGGGAUCCCCAGUGCGCUACCAGCAAGAGCAGCUCCCGGGGAGGCCCAAGUCUCCGCUGUCCAAGAUGAGCAGCCAGAGGUCCUACCAGUUGACUUCCCAGUCCUCCCAGUCCUCCCAGCAGCAGCCGGGCCUGAGGCUGCAGCCAGCCAAGGCCCAGAUCGUGCGCACCAACCAGCCCAGCUCCGCGGUGCACUCCAGCGCGGUGAUGGGCGGCGGGGCCUACGGCCAGAUGGCGCACCCCAUCAGCAGCCGCUACCAGGGGGGAUCGGUGGACGUGGAGAGCCGCCUGGUGUACCAGCCUUCCCUGGACGGCCGGCCCAUGCCACAGGUGCAAGCCAGCCUGAGCGCCGGGGCCAUCUGCCAGCACGGGGGGCGGGGAGGAGGGGUCGAUUCGGGGCUCAUGAAGGAUGAGCUCCCCCAGCGGCCGUCCUCUGCCUACCGCGGCGGCGGCGGAGGAGGGGGGCCGGCCGGAGUGCGCUACGGUCAAACGCCGCAGAUCAGCCGGAGCCAGUCUGCGGCCUACUACCCCGUAUCCAAGCACGACCUGGAGCGCUCGGCCGGCAUGCCCCAGUGCCAGCUGGGCUCCCCGGAAAUCCCCCACCUGGUGCGCCGGCCCGUCAGCGCCAACCCCUCCGAGAUCAAGCCUCACCCCCCGACGCCCCGGCCUCUCAUCCACUCCCAGAGCGUGGGCCUGCGCUUCUCCCCCUCCAGCAACAGCCUCUCGUCGGGCUCCGGCUGCAGCCUGGCCCCGGGCUUCCGGCCCUCCGCCUCCAUCCAGCAGAUGGAGAUCCCGCUGAAGCCCUCCUACGAGCGCGCCUGCGACGACCUCUCGCCCGUCUCGCCUUCGCAGGGGGCGGGAGGGGGCGACGGCCGGGCGGGGGGGGUGUACGCGGCCGAGACCACGCGGUCGCGGACCACCCCGUUCAUGGGCAUCAUCGACAAGACAGCCCGGACUCAGCAGUACCUCCACCAGCCGUCACGGCCUUGGGCAGUGUCUUCUCUGGACACCGUCAUCACCAGCCCCACCUCCCCCGGGAACCUGGUCCAGCAGGGGGGCGGCGGGGGGGGCGGCUCUUCUUACAGCCCCCCCACCUCCCUGGGCAAUAUCGCCUACUACAACAAGACCAACAACGCCCAGAACGGCCACCUCCUGGACGAUGACUACUACGCGCCGCCGCCCUCGCUGGCCAAGCUGGCCAACGGCUCCCGGAUGGGGGGCGGGGUGGGCGGGGGGGACAUCUUGGAGAGGGUGAGCCAGGUGCCCACGUACCCCGACGUCAAGGUGGCGCGGACUCUGCCCGUAGCGCAGGCCUACCAGGACAGUAUGUACAGGCAGCUCUCCAGGGACUCCAGGCAGGGGCAAACUUCGCCUAUCAAACCAAAGAGACCUUUCGUGGAGUCGAACGUGUAGGUGUGGGAGGGGCUAGCGGUGGAGGGGGAGGGAAGGGAUAGCAGAGACAGGCUUCGGAUCCCCAAAGCGUGGGACUCUUCAGAGGAGGAAUGUAGACCUGUCCAGAGCACACAGACUUUGAAAACCGCAUGACGAAAUCAAGUCGCACCCACGGACUCCCACACAACAAAGGUGAUGCUGUGUGGGUCUUGCACUAAUUGCCCAUCUGUGCCCUCGCGUGCGCAGCGAGCACAGUUCCUAGGGAUCUCCACAGCCUCCAGUAGUCCCGUGCCGACGUAGUACUCCAGCGCAGGUGAAAAUCUGUAGGUGGUUUCGUUUUUUUCGAAAUUCGAUUUUAAGCCAAAGAACGGCUUAAAAAAAAAGGCAAGCAAGUUUUGCAUGCACCACGUUUCGAAGUAUUAAUCCUCUAGAAGAUCGCUUUUUAAAAUUUAAAAACAACAACAAAAAAAAAAACACUUUAUGGUGAUUUUAAAAACAUGAUCCAGGAUGCUCAACUCGCGAUUAUCUUGUAGAGUAAAUCACUGCAGUACCUUCUUGUUAGUUUCUGAGCUUUUAUUUCUGUAGCAACGGGCGAAGCUGCUUUUCUGUAUGAUGAGAUCUGAAACCCUGGCCCUAGUCACACCCAGGGGGGUGGCUCCCGCCACGACGAUUUCAGAAGCGCGUCAGAAACGCGAGGGGCUGCGUCCCGAUGGCCCUGUGGAUGACCCGGAGGCGUCCACACUCCAGCGUGUCCCGACUGAUCGGAAGCCCCUUCUCGUUCCCUGUCCCCCCCAGUGUCAGCCCGGUAACGAUACCCUCAGGGUGAAGCCUGGGCUCCUCUCCUGCCGCACCCCUGGAACGAAGUUGAUUUCCUCUGCUUAAAAAAAAAAGUGUGCUCUUAAAGAGAUCGCCAUGUUCUAUACUGUAAAUGUAAUGUUUCCAUUUUACUCACGACAAACCUGUACCUAGAAGAGAAAAAUAUUUAUAAUUUUAAGUUAUAUAUAUAUACUUUUGGUUUGGUUGGUUUUUGUUUUGGGCUGGGGGGGGGGUUGGCUUUUAUUUUUUGUAGUAUUUCAUUUUGUGUUAAGUCAAGGGCAACUUGCUUCAAACUUUAGGGGGGAAAAAACACUUUCAAAUAGGGGACAUUCGCAGCCUUUGAAUACUUGAAUUUUUAACUGUGUGCGCGUGUCACAGAGUUUGUGUGCUGGCGUUCUUUUGACUUAUUGUAAUUAUUCUUAUUUAUUUUUGUUUUCGCGAGUUGGAAAUGGAAGUGAUCUCAGCACGCAAUCUGAAGAGAUAGAAAACAGAUCUAUAAGAGAAACAUAUUUCUUAUCGCGUCUGUAAAAACGUAACAGUUUUCACCGUGGUGCAGUUGUGGAUCACAACAUUCAUGGAAACUCAAAAGGAAACAUCUGGGAAAUCCAAUAAACUGAAAUAAUUGUGGGAGGGGUUCUAGGGGAAUGGUGAUUUUUUUGUACCAUAUAUAACUGGAAACAUUGAAAUAUAAGGCCAUAUACUGUAUGCAAUACCAGUGGAUGUAUGCUUUCAUGAUGUUGCCUGCAAGCUGUAUGUGCCCACUGGUCUUAAGGUAUGGUUGUCACAGAGAGUUUCAGCGCAGUGCCAGUACCUUCUGCUUACUGGCAUUGACUGGAUCAUUUUAACCUUCAUCUAGCUUGAGCUGCAGUUGUACCCUGUUUUUUUUUUAUUUAUGCAAACGUCAAUACAUGGUGCAUUUUUUGGAAGGGGUGUGUUUGUACGCUGUAACUCUUAAUUGCAGUCUGACUCUCAGUACAUACUGUAGUCUGGACAUGUCCCUCUCCAGCACUUAAAGAUAACAAACAGUACUGUGGAAUCGUGAAUAGGUUUUCCUUCAGCAGCUGCAGUGGGGGUCCAGAAACACACAGUUUUUACUUGCCUUGACUUUUCUUUCAGCUUUUCUAAUGAUUAUUGCCGACACAAGGUUUCCACACUAACAGCCUGUGAAGUUCGUAUAUAAGGGUGCACUUUACCGUUCUGUCGUCUGUUUAUUUUUUUCAUUCUGUUUUUUUUUUUGGAGGGUGUAGGGGGAUUCUUCUCUGACUUAUGACAAUACUGGAUAAUUCAUUGUGAGUAGUUGUUCUUAUUAAUAGAAAAUAGCAAACAGUUCUUGUCUUUGGUGGAUUUUUUCCAAGCAAAUAAAAUACAUAAUAAUUUAAAACAAAAAAGAGUUUUAAGAAAUAAGAUGUAUUGCCUUUAUAGCACAAAUUGUAUCUGCUGUACAUAAUGGCCGAAAGAUUGGGACAUUUUAUCAAAUCACCUGUAACUAUAAGCGCUGCCCUCUCACCCCCUACUGUCAAUCUCUUUGUCCCGGCAGUUUUCACCAAAACGUGGGCAAAGUAAUAUCUUCACUCCACAGAGGUAAGAGUCCUUUUGUGAGUCCCACACAGGAAGAUGAACUUAGCACUGGCUACCGGGAAUUGUAGUUCUUUGUAUAGUCUUUUGGAACUACAACUCCCAGAGCUACAGUAGUUUAUUUCAGUUUAUGGUAGUGUUCAGGUGUCCAGCUGCUUCAGGGUGUGAAAGUAAAGCUGAAGAGUGAUCAGUCUGCUGUUUAAUUAUAAGAAAUUAUAAAGCUUAAACAUGAAGCAGGACUUUUGGUUAUGUUGUAUUAAUUUUACCUUUCUGUCCAGUUAAUUUUCUCCUUUCUAAGAUGAAAAGGAGAUCUAACAGAUAUUAUAGGCUGUCCUUAAGAAAAGGUUUUGACAGCAGUUAAAUACAAACGAUUUAUUUUACUAGACAGACUGGGGUUUGUUCCAGUACCAUUAGACUGUCCACAGCUUUUAUCCAUCUUUGUUUUCGGCUUGUAAAAAAUCAAAUGGGGGGGCCACACUUUCCUCUCAGUCUUUCUUCUCCCACGUGGGUUAAGGCAGUGAAGAAAUACUUGCACUGGGUCCUUCAGAGUAGGAGAAAGCUUUGAUGCCUUGAAGUCUCUUAACAAUUAGCCAGCUCCUGUCCUUUGGGAGCUCUUAACAGCCUACAGCUAUAAACAUUGAAGAAAUUCACUUGUCCUUGAUUAUUAUUUUAAAAAGUUAAAACAACACCAUGUAACCCCAUGUUACUCGGUGACUAAAAUUCCAGUGGAGAGAUCUUUACCCUCUGAAGGAGGUGAUGAGCUGGAAUGCUGAUAUUUGGAAACCAGCAUGUUGUUUGCAGGAGGUGUCGCAGUGCAUGAGACUAAGAUUGAAGCAGGCAAGCGUGUCUGUGGUCUGCACCUCUUGCCAAACAUGGUUGCUUGUGCAGGCAAAGCAGGAGAACCUUGGUCCAUUUGGGGUUUGGGUUUGUGACCCAGGGCAUGAAGUCUUUGCAGUAUUAUGUCUCCCUGUCCUGACCUCUUUCCUCCUCACCACUGGAGCAGAUGAAAGGGUUGCAUAGCUAUGAAGGUGAUCAGAAAGGCAGCUAUUAUUCCUGGUGGGGGAAUUAGAAAGGGACCUGUGAGCUUUCCUUGAUGUUUUCUGUCUAUUCUUAUUCUGAAUUUACUUCUCCCCUCUGUUGCAAAGUGCAGCUUGAGUCCUAGCAGACAAGACCAGUAUUUACAUUCUCUGUUGGUGCCCUUUGGAUUUUAACAGCCCUGUCUUUGGACACACGUGGCUUUCAACCACAACCCAGGCCAUAAAAUGCUCCGAUUAUGAAUUCCCCCUGGGAAUUUGGGUAGGGCAUUCUUAACAUUAGUGCCUUUGAAAAACAAAAGGGAUGAUUGCUGUGGGCUUUCAUGCUAAUGGCUUAAAUGUGUUAGUAUUUAUUCAGUACUGGCUAAGUACAUUUCUGCUUGACUAUAGGUUCAUCCGUCCUUGAAUUGGUAAAGCAUUUUAUCCUACAUUAUCCUGCACAUGAGCCUCUAAUCAAUUCCAGUGGUUGUUUUCUGUGGGCGACUCAGUGCCCGUAGUAGUAAGAAUGUUGGGGGACAGUGCAGCCCUUGUUGGCCUAUCACAGUGAUUCUGGUGUCCUGUGAUCUGGGGAUGUAGAUGGUGCUUAGCUGUGUUUGUGCUUGUUUUUUAAAGGUCAGGGAAAGAGAAGCCCUACUACAAAAGCUAUGCAGGAAGGCUGAGGAGAUGUCAGAUGAUUAUCUAGGUGACGCUAGUUCCAGAGGUUAUCUUCUGGCUUGUACCCUGAAGGCCCUGGACACCUGUUCCUACUUCAGAUAAAUUCCAGUGCAGAGGACACAGCUAGAGCAGGUGAUGCAUCGAUUUUAUCUUUUGAAUGAAAAUUGCCGGGGCGGAGAGGUUCUCGGAAACUGCUCUAUUCUGCAAUGUAAUUAAAUAAAAUUUUAAAAAUGAACAAUAAGACUUUUUUUCUAGAUCUCUGAUGUAAAGGAUUUUUGCUGUACAUAAUCUGAUGCAUGUUUUGUUCUUUUUUUUCCUCUCUGAUUCACACGUAUAUAUAUAAAUAUUUCCUGAUGCGGUUUGUGAUAUCGAUAUGAAUAUUGUAUUGAAGUGGGGAAGAGGCGAGGGAGCUGGUGUCGCUAACAGUCACCCACCCUCUCUUUUCUCUCCUGUUCCACAAGAGGAGAUCAGAAGUAAGAGUUUGUUUUUUAUGAUUUUAUUUUAAUGUAUUUGCUUGCUGAGCAGAGUUCUAUUGUCUGUACAUGUGAGCUGUCAGAUCGCUGUGAUAAAGUUUAAAAAAAAAACUCAAAAAGAAUGCGUUUUUAUCUUACGGAAAGAUUGUAAUCUGUACAAUCCACUGUAUGUAUGAAGAAUAAUGUACUUAUUUAUAAAUGGUUACCACUUCAAAGAAAAAAACAAAGACAGAAAACUG